AUGUCCACUCUCUCAGGUUCAGCGGCAGACACGAGGAGAAAGCAGUCUAGGAAGGACGAGGCAAUCCGCAAGAAAAUCGAAUCCGAACUCUCGCGCAAGCGCACCAUUUCGACAACGUAUCAGCAAGGCCGCGGCAGCAAGCGCAGAGAGAAGGCCAAUGUUCAGAAGGGCACCGUCGCCGCGCUCAAGCCCAGCCCCGCGCUGACUGUCCCGGAAAGCAUUACCGUGUCUGAGGCUAGUCAGCUUUGCGCCGCGAAGAGGACAGACUGCGUCUUGGUUGUCGAUGACGAUGAGGGCCUCAGCGGCAUUUUCACCGCAAAGGAUCUUGCGUAUCGUGUCACCGCGGAGGGAUUGGAUCCUCACACUACUCCUGUCAGUGUAAUCAUGACGCGCAACCCGAUGGUUACUCGCGACACCACGAGCGCGACUGAGGCUUUAGAGCUCAUGGUAUCUCGUCACUUCAGGCAUUUGCCCGUCUGCAACGAAGAAGGAAACGUCGUCGGUCUCCUUGAUAUUACCAGGGUUUUCCACGAGGCAUUGGACAAGGUUGAGCGCAGCUCUUCGGCCUCUGAGAAGCUCUACAAUGCUCUCGCUGGUGUUCAAUCCGAGCUCGGAGGCGGCGUAGCCACUAACCCGCAAACUGCUGCUAUGCUCUCUUACGUCGAGGCUCUUCGCGAGAAGACAGCUCUUCCAGAUCUUACCACCGUCAUGGAUUCGCGGACGGAGCCUGCUACUGUUGGGCCCAAGACUACUGUCAGAGAAGUUGCCAAGCUUAUGAAGGAGAGGCGCACGACCGCUGUAUGCGUUAUGGAGUCGCCCAGCACCUCUAUGGGUGGUACGGCUGCGACGCCACGUAUCGCCGGCAUCUUCACGAGUAAGGAUGUUGUCUUACGAGUCAUCGCCGCUGGCCUCGAUGCAGGUCGAUGCAGUGUCGUACGAGUCAUGACACCACACCCCGAUACUGCGCCUCCGACCAUGACUGUUCAUGAUGCUUUGAAAAAGAUGCACAACGGACAUUACCUCAACUUGCCUGUUAUCGAGACGGAUGGCCGUUUAAUCGCCAUCGUGGACGUUUUGAAGUUGACCUAUGCCACCUUGGAGCAGAUGAACGCGAUGAGCGCUGAGGCUGCUGGCGGUGCUGAGCCAGAAGGUGGCCCGAUGUGGGGUCGUUUCUUCGAGUCGCUCGGACACGACGACAAUGAGUCUGCUGUGUCUGGUUCUGCCGCCCACACUGAACAGUCUCGCAACCAGACUCGGAGCACGUCCCACCUCAUGCAGUCUCCCCACUCUGAGCUGCACCCCAACGACUCUGCAUCCGUCGUGGAUGAAGAUGACGGUUCUGUACUUGAUGCAUACUCUCGCAGGAAAGGCGAUCCUCCUUCCAUUAUCGGUGCGCAGUCAAUCGCUCCGGACGAC